AUUCAUAAAUUAUAAAAAAGCAGCAAAUAUGAUAAAUUACAAAAAGUAAACAAUUUAGUGUAAAUCCAAGAAAUCAUACAUAUUUAAAAGUGGAGUAAUUUGAGUUUAAAAUUGUGAAAUAAAUUUUCAUUUUGUACACAAAUCUUUGUUGUUUAAAAACAGAAUUUGCAGACAAGCAAUAGCAAAUCUCACGCAAUCAUCAAUUGAAAUUACUCAAUCAACAAUACAGACAAACAUAGGAAAGGCAAAUCACGAAUUACCUAUUUUGGGAAUUGCACAAUUUGAGUUAAACUCACACAACUUUAAACAAUGGACUCCUUCUUGAGUCUUUUUGAUCCAAAUCAACCGGAUGAUGGUUUUGACGAAGAACCCGAUAUACGUAACAAUAACUCCAGCGAUUCAAAUACAAACACCAGUGGCCACAGCGGUAAUUCUGGAGGUAGCAGCAGUGAGAGUGAAUUAGAUGGUCGGAAUAACAACAACUACAUCAACAGUAACAAAAACAUAAUAAUAGACUUUGAUCAAGGUAUAUUGCCACCAGAACCACAAUUAGGAAAUAUUGAAUAUAAACUAAAGUUAAUAAGUCCAUCGAAGCAAAGAUUUGAACAUUUGGUAACACAAAUGAAAUGGCGUUUGAGGGAGGGUCAUGGGGAAGCCAUAUAUGAAAUCGGUGUAUCUGAUUCCGGUCACUUACACGGCCUCAAUGAGAAAGAUAUGAAUGCCUCACUUUGUACACUUAAACAAAUGGCCCACAAAUUGGGCGCUAGUACAUCGGUAUUAAGGCGAAAAUAUGUUGCUGGCCGAAGAUCAGUAGCUGAGGUUUUGGUGCGAAAAAUACCAGACGAUCAGCAUAAUAUAGAAGUGAGGGUGGCUGUAUUAGGUGGUGCCGAUGCUGGAAAAUCUACUCUAUUGGGUGUAUUAACACAAGGUGAAUUUGACAAUGGUCGAGGAAGAGCACGCUUAAAUAUGUUUAGGCAUAUGCAUGAAAUACAAUCGGGUCGGACGUCGUGUAUAUCACACGAAACAUUGGGUUUCGAUGCCCUAGGCAAUAUAAUUAAUUACAAGUACAAUGAAAUGAUGACGGCAGAAGAAAUUAGCGAUCGUUCAACAAAACUAGUGACAUUUAUGGAUUUGGCUGGUCAUCGGCGUUAUAUGCGUACCACAGUUCAAGCAUUGUCUGGCUAUUCACCGCACUAUGCCAUGCUUGUUGUGUCGGCUGGCGGUGGCUUUAAUGGUACCAGUCAAGAACAUUUAUCCAUUGUACGAGCUUUAGAUAUGCCAUUUUUCGUGGUCAUAACAAAAACAGACAUCACAUCGCCAGAGCAAACUAUACAGGAGCUUAAAAAUUUGCUAACCUCCAUCGGAUGCCGGAAAGUACCGUUUGUUGUAACAAACACUGACGAAGUUAUAUCGGCUGGAUCAAAUCAAUUCUCCGAAAACAUUGUACCCAUAUUUUGUGUAUCAAACGUAACGGGCUCUGGCUUAAAUCUAGUCACUCGAUUCUUAUAUGUUCUGUCACCGGGUGUUAGCAAUUCCGAAAAGGAACGCCUCGAACAGGAAUCUUGUGAAUUUCAUAUCGAUGAAAUAUUUCGAGUUUCCGAAGUUGGCCCAGUUGUUGGUGGUCUGCUGGUGAAGGGUGUCCUAACGGAAAAUAUGCCCAUGAAAAUAGGACCAUUACCUUGUGGAAGUUUUUAUUCGGUUACAGUUCAUACCAUACAUCGUAAUAAGGCGCCGUGUCGAGUAGUUAGAGCAGGCCAGAGUGCCUCUCUGUCAUUUACACCAAAUCAACAAUUGCCCUCGCUACGCAGUGGCAUGGUUUUACUAGCCGAUGCCGGUAAUAAUGACGAUCAACCAUGGGGUACACUCUUUUUCCAGGCCAAAGUAUCUGUAUUAUUUCAUGCCACUGCCAUAUAUGUGGGAUUCCAGACAACUGUACAUAUUGGAAGUAUACGGCAAACGGCCAUUAUACGCGGCAUAAUGGGUGGCGAGAAAAUUGGCACUAAUGACAGCGCAUCAGUGAUGUUUCAAUUCGUCGGACAUCCUGAAUAUGUGCGUCCUGGCAUGAGGGUUCUAUUUCGCGAAGGAUCUAACAAAGGUAUUGGCGUGGUAACACAAGUGUUUCCACUUAACAAAGCCGUAGGUCAGCGUUAAAUCUGUCACAAAUCUAAAAUAAUAUUCUUACUAUUGUUACUCAAAAUACAUUUUACCCAAGUAUGUAGUAGAAACAUAAGUUAUAAUAACAAAACGUCUAUAUUUUGGAAUCCCUCAAAACAAAUUGUACCUCAGAUAUUGUAGGAAAAAAACAAAACAAAAGAAAUAUCAUUUUUUCACUUUGGACUUGAAUAUUUUUAGUAUGUAAUAUUACACAAUUACUUUAAAAUAAUUAGUAUGCACGUUUAAAAAAUGUGAUUCUUUUUUUCAUAAAAUUGUAAACAUAUGCAUAUGUACAUAUAUUUAUGUAUAUAUAGCCUGAUAAAUAUUUAAUAUUUCUUUCAGUAAAUUAAGGAAUUAUGAAGUAAUUUUUUGUUGUUUCAGUUUUUACUGUGAUCUUUUGUGUUUAGUACAUACAGAUUAUUAGAAAGUAAAUUGAAUAGAAUAAUUUUAAUUUAUGUUUAUCAUAACAUUUUUGAUUUUAAGAUAAUAGUAUGUAUUUAGAACGAAUUUAUCUUUUGAGACUUUUUAGUUCAAUACAGAUUUCAUACUACAUUUAAAAUAUUGAAUUUGUUUUAGCUUUGAGAACUCAAAUUGUAAUGAAAUCGUACUUAAAUAAAAUAAGUAUUUCUUUUGUUAAUCCUCUAAUUUUUUCUAUUAAAAUUAAUAAUUUACAAUAACGAAUUGUAUUGUAUGUAAAAAAUAAAGAAUAUAAUUAUUUAUAUAUAAUUCUACAAUAUUUGAAUUUUAUCCAUAUACACAUGAUAAUGCUCUCUCUUUAAUUUUUUGUGUUCAAAGAAAAAAAAAUUCAUUUAAAUUUAAAAUAAAUAAAAUUAAUAGUAUUUAACUAUUCAAAAAAUGUAA